AUCAGUAGUUCGUCUUCUUGUCAUUCCUGCACGAGCGACUACGAAUGUGGAUCGAGCAAGAAAUGCUGUAAUAGUAAAUGCAUCAGUAGUUCGUCUUCUUGCCAUUCCUGUUCGUCCGACGAACAGUGUGAUAGUGGAGAGGAUUGUUGUGGGGGAGUUUGUUCCACAAACUGUGGUUGGAGCGGCUGGUAUACUACAGGCGCAGUUAUCGGCACGAUUAUCUUCUUCGUCAUCAUCGUUUCCAUCGUAUCCUGCUGCUUCUGCGCUUGUUGCCCGUUCUACCGCUAUCGUACACCCAGUGCUGCAGUCGUCACAGGCCGACAGCCGCACCAACAAAUGGCCUCAACCCACAUGAUGACGAUGCAACAAGCACAUGCUCCUCCGUCGGUGAACUACAACCAGCCUCCUCCAGAAGGAUACAACCUGCCUCCUCCAGCAGGUUAUAACCAGCUUCCUCCAGCUGGUUAUAACCAGCCUCCUCCAGCUGGUUGCGAUCAGCUUCCUCCAGGUGUCGGUCAAGCUCCUCCGGCCUACUUAAGUUAUCCACCACCAACAAACCAAUAUCCUCCACCGCAGGAACAAGCUCAGCCGGCGCCGAUGCCAGUUAAAAUAAACGCCAAACAACCGAACGAGAUGUAA